AUGUGGCGCGUUGAAGAAGCAAACGAGGCCAUGCCAGAGACACCUGAGGGGUGGAGCCGCGCCGACUUUAUUGAGGAGCUCACACGCAGCCUCUCGACGGUCAUUCUGCUGCAGCACCCCCUUGGCAAGACCCGCAAACGAUUGGCCGAGUCAUUCGCAGCUGCAGCAGCAGCGGCUGCAGGAUCUGCUGAGGCAUCACAUGCUACAACAGCUGAAUCAACGGUUGAGGAAGCAGCUGAAGAAUUACCUGAAAGAGUUGCCGAAGGGGGAGCUGAGUCAAGCAAUAGAUCGGCUACUGAGGCAGCAGAUGAAGCAACUAGUGAAGCAACAGAUUCAGCAUCAGCUGCUGCCUCCGCUGAUGCUUCUGAGGAAGAAGAUGAGACAGGCCUAGCUGAAGCGUUCCGCAAGGCCUUCUGCAUUGGGGCCUCCAAGAGGCAGCAGUACUACCUCAGCGACUCCAGCUGGACCUUCGAGCGCGACGUUCUCUUCUUUUAUCCGUCGGUGAAAUCAUUUGAACUCGAGCGUUCGGUGCUGCUUGUUAAGCCUGACGUAACUGCUGCUGCGGCGGCAGCAGAAGCUCGGGGGGAGUCAUGUCCUGAGCGAGCUGUGGAGGUCUUGCUGCUGGAGGAGGGUCUCACGAUUUUGGCCUCCGUUGAGUUCCAACUUCACAAGCAAGACGUUGAGAAGCUUUUCCCCAGUCGCAUCGGGAAGCCAGACUACGUCGAGAUGGAGGCCUUCUUGUGCGAAGCCUCGGGCUGCAAGGCCAUUGCUGUUGAAGGCUACGAUGCGCUUCGCCGCCUGCGGCAGCUGUGCGGCCCUCCAGACCCCGCGAGGGCUGCAGUGUUACGACCAUACAGCCUGCGGGCCCUGUGUGGGACGUCCCUCCUUCGAAACGGCUUCCAUGCCCCUAAAACAAGAGGGGAGGCCAUGCGCUUCUUAGAACUUUUAUUUGGCAGUCCGCCGCACCCACAGCCUCUUAUUCGCGCUCAACGCACCUUUGCAGUCUUUUUGAUGAAGGAUUUGCUGUUGCUGAAGCUGCAGCAUCAGCAACAGCAGCGAAGAGCACAACAGAGGCUGCAGCAGGGACAACAGCAGCGACAGUUGCACCAGCAGGAACAGAAGCAACAAGAAAUCCGCAAGUUGUUGAGGCAAAGGGGCUUUUACAUCCUGUGGGAGAAAGAGGUGCACCUAAACAAGGAGACAGUCGUCCUCCUUUGCCAGGAGUGGCAGGACAGGCCCGACUACCAGUCCCUUACCGCUUCCAUUGAGGGCCAAGAGGCCUGGGCGCUUCUCCUGGCACGGGCAGGAGCUCCUCGGGUGUUUGCUGACAUUCUGGGACCCCACUGUCCCAUGCCAUUCGGAGCCGCUGCUGCCGCUGCUGCAGCAACAGCAGCAGCUGCUGCCGCUGCGGCAGCUGCAGCAGCGAAGACCCUGUCCUCUAAACGUAACAGCAGCUUGAGCAACGAACAAAUUGUGGCAGCUCGCCUGCGUGCGGAAAGGGCAGCAGCAACAGCAGCUGCUGCAGCUGCAGCUGUGGGUAUGCCGCGGCCUGGUAGCCUCUGCGGAAUGGCUCGCCGUUGUGUUGGAUUUGCAGCAGCAGGCGAACAGGAAGCAGCAGCGCUUGCGACUGCUUGCUCUUCACGACAGUUACCGCUGCUUCUCCUGCCUGCUGCAGCAGACACAGCAGCUUCGUACCUACUAGAGGCUGGGGCCACAGGCCAAGGGCCCUUAGUCCUGGAAGGCUGCCGCGACAUCCGAGAAGGGCAACAGACACUCGAAUCUUUGCUUCUUAAGUGCCUGAAGUGCCUAUGCAAACAGAUCCCCCGUCCGGAAGGUCUGGAGGCAGUCUCCUGGAUAGGGAAGUGGUUAGCCGAAGAAGUCGAGAGAGACAAACAGUCAAAGCAAGCAGUUGCUGCCUCAUCUAUGCUAGCCAGUAGGGUACGUCCUGGGGAGGAUGGAAGGGCUGCAGCAGCUCUGGAACAGCAGCAACAGCAGCAGCACAACACACAAAAGCUGCAGAAUGCAUACCCGGUCAGGCGAAGAGUCCGGCCAGAGAACGGCGCUAAGGGAGUCCGUGUGGUUUUGUUCGUGGGCAAUGAGGAGCAACUGCAGCUGCAGCAACAACAACAGCAGCAGCCCGCAACGCCUAUAAUGCCCAUCCUAUCCGCGGGAAUCUCCAUAUCCGGCGCAGCCGCCUCUGCAGCGCUCACGUGUGCAAAGGCCACAGGCCGACUAAUCAACCACUGCACUCCUGCAGACAGCUCUGCUGCUAUUACUGCGGCUCUGCGGCCUUCCGUGGUGUUCGUUUUUGCUGAUCCUGGGCUGCCGCUGGAGGCUCUGCUGCAGCGUCUGUGCUGCUGCUUCGGGCUGGCCCACAUCGACAUGGACAAACUUGCUAGAGCAGCAACCGUUGCUACCCACACAAGGGGUUUCUUGGGCUUUAUGGUGUCGAACUUCCCGCGAAGCACUUUGCAAAUCGACUUCGUCGAAGAAAUGAACCGGGGACUUCUUUACAAAGCGGACUUGUCUGCACUGCAUCGCGAAGGCCUUUCUGCUCCUCCUAAACUGCUGCAGCAGCUGCUGCAGCAAGCAGCGGCGAAGCAGCUACAUGCUCACGUGCUGCUGUUGCAUGGCCCACCAAGCGCAACUGCAGCCGCCGCCGCAGCAGCAAAAGAUGUGCUACCGGCUGUCGUUGUUGCAGAUGCAGAAGCGCUUCUAUCCUUAGAGAAACAACAGGAGCGCCAGCAAGCGGAGCAACAGGACGACAACAGCUACAACAGCUGCCGCUACUGUGGCGAUGCUUCUGCAAGCUGCGAAUGUCUCAGUGACGUAAGCUUAUCUCGUAGCACCAGCUUAGGAACGGGGUUUGUGGCUGCAGCGGCCGAUCAAGUCCCCGAAGAAGAUGCAAAUCUCGGAGUAGUGGAUGCAGAGCCUCCCAGUGCCGCUCUAUUGCAUUUUGCAGCGGAGGGCAAGGCUAAACGCAUUCUUCUUGUAGGCGAUGAAGAUCCAGAAAGACUACGGGAGGAGCUGUCGAGCGUCUUGAGGUGUGAGGUGGCGGCAGUUGUUGCUCCCAAAGGGCUUGCCACUGCUGCCCUUGGAAGGGCAAUGGCCCGCACGCUAGGGUUGAAGCUCAUCCCGGACUUUGAGCAGUACCUGAACCAGCAACGGCAGAGGCAGAGGGAGCCUGCCGGAACAGAUGCAGCAGCAUCAGUUAAGGCCGCAGGAGGAUUGCUUAAGGCGAUACAACAGGCGAAGGGACGGCUAAGGGCUCCUGCAGUUGUCGCAGAAGCCCUUAGAGCCCUUAGGAGGCCUCAACGUGAAGGCAUUGGUCAUGGGGUGCUGCUACUUGAUAUGCUCGAUAGCGUGGAACUGGACUUACUGGAUGCACUGCAGGCGGAGGAGCUUGAGAGUCGGCAGCUUCCUUUGACGCGCGUCAUUAUCCUGGAAGCUCCUCAAGAGACACUUGAGGCAGCAGCGGGAGAGGGCGGAGGAACAGAUGCUGAGGAUGCCAAUGAUGAAGGAGGGGAGUCACGGCUGGUGAGGGACAAGAAGAUGAGGGAUCAAAUAGCAAGCAUCUACAAAGACCGAUGCGUGCGCAUACACUUAAGUGCUCCGGCUGCUGCUGCUGCUUUGGCGCCCCAACCUGCGAGCAUCAGCGACGGAGACGAUGAGGGCCCAAGUCCUGCUGAUGUAGCAGCGGCCGAAGCUAAAGCGGCAGCAGCUGCAGCAAAAGAAAUCACUGCUGCUCUCCUAAAACCCGCGGCAUUCAUCCUAGCGGACGGCUUGCUGGAGCCGGCACUAGCAGCGGCAGUCCGACAGGGCGUUGCACUGGGCUUAAGCAGCAAAAUUUUGGUCGUUGGCAAGAAACACUUGGGUACCCUCUCUGCAGCUUCCACUGCCCGCCGCUUCGCCCGCCUGUCUUCACCCCUCAUUCCUGGAGCUAACGAGGGUAUUCGUUCACUCCACAUUCGAUAUGAAGCUUGCAGGCUAAUGCAGCUGUAUUUGGUUGUCAUGUUGUUGUUACCACUGUACCGGCUGCUGCUCCUCAGGCAUCUUGAUUGUGAGACCCUCGACAGCGCUCACAGGGCACUCAGCGCCACAGAAAUAUCCCCGAAGAUCGAGAUGCUGCUGCAACAGCUACAGCAACCACGCCAACUGUCGCCUCUCGAGGAGUUGCAGCUCAACCCUCCAGCCCCUGAGCCAUUGGAGAAGGAGGGCUCAGAAAGCGAGGCGGAAGAGGAUGAUGAGGCAUAA